AUGUCUCUCAAGAACGACAGCUUCCCCUCCUCGGCCGCCUUCGACGCCAUCAACGCCGCCAUCAAUGCCAGCGACGCGGACCGCCAGGACGCCAUCAAGCAGGGCAAGGGCGUCUACGCCUUCAAGCUCAAGAACAAGGCUGGCGAGGAAGCGAGCUGGCACAUCGACCUCAAGGAGUCAGGCAAGGUCGCCGCUGGCCUUGGCGAGAAGCCUACCGUCACCCUCUCACUCUCUGACGAGAACUUCGGCAAGCUCGUCGCCGGCAAGGCCAACGCCCAGCGUCUCUUCAUGUCGGGCAAGUUGAAGGUUGCGGGCGACGUCAUGAAGGCGACCAAGCUGGACCCUAUCCUGAAGAAGGCUCAGACCAAGGCCAAGUUGUGA